GCAGCCAUUUUAAUUCAUAUCUGAGUGGGCGGUGGCGGUUCUUGUUGGCGGUCUGGCUCCGCAGGGCAGGGGGCAAUUUUAGUUGUUUGGGGGUGGUUUUUAGUUUAAUUUUUCUUUUGUAGCUUGGCAUCGCGGGCCAGUUCGCACGUUCUAGUCGUCUGAGGCCAUGUCAGGAGACGGAGCCACGGAGCAGGCAGCUGAGUAUGUCCCAGAGAAAGUGAAGAAAGCCGAAAAGAAAUUAGAAGAGAAUCCCUAUGACCUUGACGCUUGGAGCAUUCUCAUUCGAGAGGCACAGAAUCAACCUAUAGACAAAGCACGGAAGACUUAUGAACGCCUUGUUGCCCAGUUCCCCAGUUCUGGCAGAUUCUGGAAACUGUACAUUGAAGCAGAGAUUAAAGCUAAAAAUUAUGACAAGGUCGAAAAGCUAUUUCAGAGAUGCCUUAUGAAGGUUUUGCACAUUGACUUAUGGAAGUGUUAUCUUUCAUAUGUCCGAGAAACCAAGGGUAAACUACCAAGUUACAAAGAAAAAAUGGCUCAAGCAUAUGACUUUGCACUGGAUAAAAUUGGAAUGGAAAUUAUGUCUUAUCAGAUUUGGGUGGAUUACAUCAAUUUCUUAAAAGGCGUGGAAGCUGUUGGAUCUUAUGCAGAAAAUCAGAGAAUAACAGCUGUUCGAAGAGUUUAUCAACGAGGUUGUGUUAAUCCCAUGAUCAACAUUGAACAACUGUGGAGAGACUAUAACAAGUAUGAAGAGGGUAUCAAUAUUCAUUUAGCUAAAAAAAUGAUUGAAGAUCGGAGUAGGGAUUACAUGAAUGCUAGGCGGGUAGCAAAGGAAUAUGAGACAGUAAUGAAAGGUUUGGACCGCAAUGCUCCCUCAGUGCCUCCUCAGAAUACUCCUCAAGAAGCUCAGCAGGUAGAUAUGUGGAAGAAAUACAUACAGUGGGAAAAGAGCAACCCUCUUCGUACAGAAGAUCAGACUCUUAUAACUAAAAGAGUUAUGUUUGCUUAUGAACAGUGCCUGCUUGUGCUGGGCCAUCACCCUGAUAUUUGGUAUGAAGCUGCCCAGUAUCUUGAGCAGUCAAGUAAACUGUUAGCAGAGAAAGGGGAUAUGAAUAAUGCCAAAUUAUUUAGUGAUGAAGCUGCUAAUAUAUAUGAAAGAGCCAUAAGCACUUUAUUAAAGAAGAAUAUGCUUCUUUAUUUUGCAUAUGCAGAUUAUGAAGAGAGUCGCAUGAAGUAUGAGAAAGUUCACAGUAUAUAUAACAGACUUCUGGCAAUUGAGGAUAUUGACCCCACCUUGGUAUAUAUCCAAUAUAUGAAAUUUGCAAGAAGAGCAGAAGGUAUUAAAUCUGGAAGAAUGAUAUUUAAAAAAGCAAGAGAAGAUACCAGAACCCGCCACCAUGUCUAUGUUACUGCAGCACUCAUGGAGUAUUAUUGUAGUAAGGACAAAUCUGUUGCCUUUAAGAUUUUUGAGCUGGGGCUAAAGAAAUAUGGAGACAUUCCAGAAUAUGUCCUGGCCUAUAUUGACUAUCUUUCUCACCUCAAUGAGGACAAUAAUACUCGAGUUUUGUUUGAACGAGUUUUAACAUCUGGAAGUCUUCCACCUGAGAAGUCUGGAGAAAUCUGGGCCCGAUUUUUAGCUUUUGAAAGUAAUAUUGGUGAUCUAGCUAGUAUACUCAAAGUGGAGAAAAGACGGUUUACAGCAUUCAAAGAAGAGUAUGAAGGCAAAGAAACAGCUUUACUGGUAGAUAGAUACAAGUUCAUGGAUUUAUAUCCUUGCUCUGCAAGUGAACUAAAAGCGCUUGGGUAUAAGGAUGUCUCCCGUGCUAAGCUAGCAGCUAUAAUUCCAGACCCAGUUGUAGCUCCUUCUAUAGUGCCUGUUCUGAAAGAUGAAGUGGAUAGAAAACCAGAAUACCCUAAACCAGACACUCAGCAGAUGAUUCCAUUUCAGCCACGACAUUUAGCACCUCCGGGCUUACACCCUGUCCCCGGUGGAGUGUUCCCAGUACCACCUGCAGCAGUUGUUUUAAUGAAACUUCUCCCUCCUCCCAUUUGUUUCCAGGGUCCUUUUGUACAAGUGGAUGAACUGAUGGAAAUUUUCCGAAGAUGCAAGAUACCAAAUACAGUUGAAGAAGCUGUGAGGAUCAUUACUGGAGGAGCCCCAGAGCUAGCUGUAGAAGGCAAUGGCCCGGUGGAAAGUAAUGCAGUACUCACCAAGGCUGUCAAAAGGCCCAACGAAGAUUCAGACGAAGAUGAGGAAAAGGGAGCUGUCGUUCCCCCUGUUCAUGACAUUUACAGAGCGAGGCAGCAGAAGCGAAUUCGGUGAAGCAGGCACAGAACCUGCCUCAGAAAGAAAACUCCUAUCCAGGAUUCCUUUUGCCUCUUAAGUCAUAUGUUUAAAAGAGACAAUGCUUUGUUACAAAGUUCUUGGAAACAAAGUUGUAUUGUCAUUGGUGCCUCUAUUCAUAUGCUUCUUGAGAAAAACCAACCAACCUAUGUGAAUUUUAGGAUGUGGAACAGACCUAUGCUCUAAGAAAAAUUAGAUUUUCAAAAAUGUGAGAAGAGUACAAAGUGGCAGAACCACAUUUUGUUCCCGCUUCAAGGGUGUCUUGUAUGUACCACUUGAAGACUUGUGGGUUUUCAACAGUUUUAUUUUAAAAACUGGAUGGCUUAUGAUUGUAAAGCAUUUUAUCACAUUUUCUGAAAACAACAGCUGUUCUUGGUUUGCUUAUGUAGAGUCCUGCCUUAUUGUUUGUUUUAUUUAUGGCAGAAUGUAAGGAAUCGGUUUUGUAGUUUAAAAUUUUAAAAAACAAUCCUUUAGAAAAUAAAAGGAUCUCAAAAA